AUGGCGAAAGUAGCAGAAGAGAACAACGCUAGGGAGAACCAUGAUAGAAGGGAUGCAAAGAGAAGAUGGGAAGGAUCGAACAAAUCCGACAAGAAGCCAAAAUGGACUCCGACUUUGACAAAAACACGAAGCGAGGGAUUCUCUAUUCCUCAAUGUAACAAAUGCAACAAGAGGCAUAAGGGAGAGUGCAGAGCAGGGAGCCUGACGUGCUAUAGAUGUGACAAACCGGGGCACACCGCACGAGAGUGCCUGGAAGGAAGGACUUGUUACGAAUGUGGGGCUACGGGACAUUUGCGUCCUGACUGUCCAAAACGUCGCAAUGGUGCGACACCCCACGGGAAGCCAAUGAACAACGAAUUUGGGAAGGGAGCGAAAAACAGGAAGGAACUGCCUAAGGGACACGGCCGAGCUUACAACAUGACUUUGGAAGAGGCAAAGGAAACACCCGACAUCGUAUCUGGUAUGUUCCCUAUCAACAAUGUGUAUGCACAUGUGUUAUUUGAUUCGGGUGCAAAUGGUAGUUUUGUGUCUACCACUUUCUGCCACUAUCUGAAUAGCAGUGCCCAUAGGCUAGACAAAACCUACACUAUAGAAACAGCCGACGGUAGUCAGCGUAAGGUAAAAGAAGUAUUCGAGGAAUGCACAAUUGUUAUAAACGGGAAGGAAUUCCCCGUUAGGCUUAUGUCGAUGUGUUUAUGA